AUGAUUACCUGGCGCUCAAUCACACGUACCUUCCAACGACACCACAUCCUCCCCAGAGCCCAAGUUCGGCACCUAAGUCUGCUAGAGCACCAUUCCUACAAUCUACUCAAAGAAUUCAAACUACCAGUUCCACCAGGAUUCCUAGUUACAACCCCAGAACAAGCCAAGAAUGUCGUCUCCGAUAUCAAUGGACCAUCAGUGAUAAAAGCCCAAGUCCUAGCCGGCGGACGCAGAAAAGGCAGAUUCAACAGCGACGGCAAAAGCGGCGUGCGAAUGGUCAACUCACCUAGCGAAGCUUUCAAAAGUGCCACCAACAUGCUCGGCUACCGCCUGAAAACGGCACAAACUUCGGAAGACGGACUUCGCGUCGACAAGCUCUACGUCUACAAAGCCAUAUCUAUCGCACAGGAAUUCUACAUCGCAAUCACAUUCGAUCGACAGCGCACCUCGCCAGUACUACUGAUUUCCUCGUCGGGUGGAACAAACAUCGAAUCGAACGUCGACAAUCUCCAUAAACUCUGGUUCGGACUUUCUACUGGUAUCACCGACGAAAUUCACGCGUAUGUCCAAGCAGAACUUGGAUUCUCAGAUGCCGAAAUGAAGGAUAUACACCGGAUCCUGGUGCGGAUGGUACAAUUGUUCAAGGAGAAAGAUGCAACGCUGGUUGAGCUGAAUCCGCUGGUUCGCACGGAUGACGGCGAGUUUGUUUGUCUGGAUGCCAAGUUCGGGUUUGAUAAUUUAGCCAGGUAUAGACAGAAGGAGAUAUUUGCGUUGGAGGAACGAUCGCCGGAAGAAGAGGAGGAGUAUCAGUUGGCGGAAUUGGGACUUUCUUAUGUGCGGCUUGAUGGGAAUAUUGGGAAUAUUGUGAAUGGGGCUGGGCUGGCGAUGGCGACUAAUGAUCUUAUUAGUCUGUAUGGAGGGAAAUGUGCGAACUUUCUGGAUGUUGGCGGUGGGGCGACGAAGGAGGCUUUAUCGAGGGCUUUUGGGAUUUUGAAGAAGGAUCAGAGGGUUAAGGGGAUUUUGAUCAAUAUUUAUGGUGGAAUCGUGCGAUGUGACAUGAUUGCCGAGGCGAUUGUUGCUGCUGCUACUGAGAUGGGUGGGUUUAAAUGUCCGGUCGUGGUUCGGUUGCAGGGUACUAAUAGUGAAAAGGGGUUGAAGCUGGUCGAACAAUCUGGGUUGGAUAACUUGAUUGUAGAAGCCGAGUUUGAGAAAGCUGCUCAGAUGAUCGUGAAACAAACACCCGGACUGGACUCUUAUGGUUGA